AUGAAUCGCUCCGCCAGAGCGCAUCGCUCCACAAAGAUACCCAACGUCAAGCUUCGCCCCGCGCAUCUAGAAACGCCAGAUUCCCUCGCCUCGUCGUCCAAACAGCAUCAGAACAAGGUCGCCCGUCGCCGCCACGAGCUCAUCGAUGAUCGCGAAGAUGCUGACCACUUUCGUCAGCUUCGCGACCAAGGCUACGAUCACGGAGCACACGUCGACGCCGAUUUCAUCGGCUCUUCCGCACACCCACUCAAGGGCGCCGUCAUCUCGAUCACCGGUCUCAGCGAGGCAAAAGCCGCAUUGACCCAGUACGCCAGAGAACUCGGCGCCAGGGUCGAAGGCAACCUCACAGAGGACGUCACACACCUCAUCGCGGACAGGCCAGGCUCUCAAAAGUAUCGAUUUGCCCUCGACCUCGGCAUGCACAUCGUCAGUCCCGAUUGGAUCCACGCCGUUCGCAACGCCUGGCUCCAAGGCGACGACGUCGACGCCCACCAGCUCGAGCAGCAACAUCUUCUUCCGCCCCUCUCCAACACCAUCAUCUGCUUCUCAUCCCUUCAAGCCACAGAACGCCGCAGACUGGUCCAAAUCGCACACUCCCUCGGCGCCGUCGUCUCCGACGAGCUCCGCUUCGACGGCUCUGUCACCCACCUCGUCUCGACCACUGCGGAUCCCAACGCUUCCAGCAGCGUACGCCAUCUGCUCCACUUUCUCGACCGUGGCCGUCACGGCCGCAACGGCAGGCGCGAACAGGCCGCCGCCCAAAUGCUCGCCGUUCGCCCAGACUGGCUCGCAGACUGCCAAAAGGCCAACGGCUGUCUGAGCGAACAGACCUACUCCAUCUUUGCCGAUCUUCCGGACCAGCAGCAACGCACAGCACUCAUCCAAAAGACGCAGCACAAGAUCCCGUCGCCCUUGAUCCGCCAGGUAAAGCCCGCGCCGCCGACCAUCGGCAGCCCCUUCGUCGCCUCGAGUCGUUCGAGCUUCAAAAAUUCGCGUGACGGCGCAAAGUCCCAUCACCAAAACAAUGGCAACCAAGCAGACGAAGACGACGAAGAACCCAUCACGCUCGGCUCCAGGCAAAAAGCCGCUGCCGCCGCGGAAAAGUCGUUCGACAGCAUCCUCUCCCAGCUCCGCAGCAACUCGGGGCCCAAUUCCUCCGCAUCCCUCGCUCCACGCCCUUCCAGACCCAGCCUCGCUUCGACUCCCGCUCCCGCGCUCGUAUCCGCUUCCACAUCCGCACUCGACGUGCCGCCCGCACGUCCACCUCCGUCGGCUUCCAACACUAUCACACAGACAAAUAGCCUUCUCGGAAUGUCUCGCGCCUCCAGCUUCUCCCGCGCACCACCAUCAUCCACCGCCGCUCCUCUACAUCCGCGCAAGUCCACCACCAAACCCACCUUCCUCCCCCGACCCAACAUGCCGUCCAUCAACGUCGCCCACUCCACCCGCCCUCAGCCUUGCUUCCACGCAAAGACAUUCCGCAUCUGCAUGAGCGACGCACGCCGCAAGGAGCUGCUCGCUAAGGUCCUCGCUCAGAGUGGAGCCACGCUGCUCAAGGACGACAACGCUGCAUCGCCUCAGUUCGCCGUCGUCGAUCCCAAGCAAGACGCCGCCUCUCUGCAGGCGCUCGUCAACGCAGGUGUCACGCCCGUGCUCCACUUCUGGAUCGAGUACUGCCUCCACCACGAGACCUUUGUCGAGCCCGCCUCCUACUUUGCCGCUCUGCCCGCGCAGGUCCCCUUCCCCUUGCCCGAUGCACAUCGGCUCCGCGUAUUCCUCCUUGGUUUCGAACCCGAUUCGCCCGAGCUCUACCACGCUCAGAAGCUAGUCGGCGAUAUCGGCGGCACCGUCGCACCGCAAAUCAAGCGCGAAAACCUCACCCACGUCGUAUGCGCCACCCUCGAGAGCUACGAGGGUCGGCGUGCCCAACGUGCGCGCAGUCACGGCAUCCCCGUCGUUGGGCUCGAAUUCCUCAUCAGAGCCAAGCAAACGGGUCGCCUCGUCCCCGAGCCCUCUGCGGUCGCAAUGAUCGAGGCAGAAUCCCUCGCCACAACCGCCAGCAGCAGCAGCGCUCGUACGGCUCCACGCGCUUCGACACAGCAUCAACGAGCAUCUUCGUCAAGGCAGAACUCUAACGGCUCAGCACAGGGUCGUGAGGGUCCGAUGCUUCCGCUGACAGGCUGCACCGUGUCCCGAUCCAAAACCUUGACAUCUCAGACUGCCACGCUCGAACGGAAGGCGCUGCAGCUCGGAGCGACAUGGCAGGCUUUGGCCAGCGAGGCGACCACUCACCUGCUCCAUCGCGGCUCGGCACCGCCUCGUGAGGGCAAGGAGCUCAGCCGAGGUGUCUUCUUUGUCCACCCUUCGUGGCUCGACAAAUGCCUGGAAGAGGAAAUCCGUGUCGACGAGAGCCUGUUUCCGUCGUCCAUGGACCCGGCAAAGUCGCUGGUCACCGUGCUCUCCAACUCGGAUGGUUCUGCCAGCGGCAACUUUCUGUCGCAGGCAACGCAGUCCAUCGCUCAACACAGGGGCGCGCAGCACACGACGCAGGAUGCGCGACAGACGCAGGCGACGCUCGUUGCUGCCGCCAAGCCGUGGCAUCGCUCCAUCUCUGCCGAUGCAGCUCGAUACUCUGGCGACUUGCUUGACGGACCGCAAGACUCGGACGCAGACAGCAGGCGCGUUCGUGGACGCUCAGAGGAGAUCGACUUGACGCACGACGAUGUCGACGAGUCUGGAGAAAAUGGUGAUGUGAUCGAUGUCACCAUGGACGAGGACAAGACCCUCGGUGAAGCGUCCCGAGAAGUCGAGGAGGCUGUGGCACCCUCGAGCCAGACCCUGUUCGAGGAAUAUGCAGAUGAAGCAACAUUCGCCGUUCCACCUCUGCCUAAGGCAGGCAAGACAUUGUCGGUCAACGGCGUCGAAAAGCAAAAGCUCGACACCGCAGCCCUGUCGCUGUCUGUUGGUGAAGGUCUGCGUGCAGGCCAGACUUCAUCCGCUGAUGAAGUGUUGGAAGCGCUACGAUUGCGUGCGCUGGCUCAGGGUGCUCGCCGCAAGACGCGACAGCGCGCGCGCAAACAGCGCUCCGACGAACCUUCGUCCGGUCGCGGCUCGAGCGAGGUGACGGUUCCGCCAGAGCAGGUGCUCGAAGCGCAAGCGCAGCUGGAUGCGCGACGCGCCGCCGAAGCAGCCGCGCAUGGCUACUCGCUCGGCAUGGACCGAGAUCUCGUUAUGCCCGCUGCCAGUCAAAACUGUCAGAGUCAGAGCUUUGAUGCGAGCGUCCGCAUCGUGUACGACGAUCCCGCAGCUCAGAAGGAACGCAUGCGAAUGCUCAAGAUGCUCGAGCAGCAACCCGCAGCGAAAGCAGCCGCCGGAACUGGCGCGCACCCCAUGGCAGACGGCGUCGCCCACGACAUUGUGCCCGAAGUGCUCGAUGCCGCUGACGCUGAGUCCAACGUGUCUCGCAAACGCCCGGCGGAGGACUCGUUCGGCGCCGGAAGACAAGCAAGGCACUACUGGGAGAACCGCAACAGCGAGAGCCCCACCAAACGACCCGUGCUCCGACAGCGCAAGGCUGCAGCAGCCAGUGCAUCCACGGCAGGUUCGAUGGCGCCUCAGGCAUCGCGGCGCUUCCACGAAGCAGGCGUGGGCUCGCGCACCGGUCUGCGUCUUUCGGCCGUCGCCCGCGACCAGGAUGGGUUUGAAGACCUCGAGGCCUUCUACAAGGCGAGCCAGGCUGCGCUCGAUCAUCGCCAGGAUGCAGACGCCGACUCGGACGAGGCUGGCGAGGACGACUACGACUCUUUCGACGAAACCCACUUUAGCCGCCGAUCCAGCAAAGGCGCAGCUAAGGAUGCGCGCAGAAACGCACCGUCCAGCAGCAGCGCCAUGGACCUCCAAACCAGCUCAGCGCCAUCGCCCCGUUCGGUGUUGCGCACUUCUCGUCCGCCUUCUUCCUAUGCCGGCUCUCCAUCGCGGCGGUCUCACACACAGGCACCAAACAUGACUCUCGCAGACGACGACGAUGACGACUUUGAUCUGCCCAACUUGUCCACGGGCUCACGCAGCUUCGACCUGGGCGCUUUGGCAGGCGACGAUGAUGUCGACGACCGCGACGCUCCGAGUGCACCCGCUCGCGGUCUCUCUGCCAGGCAAGCACAGCCACUCCCAGCAUCGGCCAAGGGAAAGAAAGUCGCGGCACCCAGACGAGUAGAUCUCUCGGAUUCAGAUUCAGAUGAACAAGGGCCACAUGCAGACGCAUACCGUCGAUUCCAGAAGGCCAACGACGAUGCAGGGUUGUCGAGCGAGUACGAUAUUGUCCCGACCAGCUCUUCACCCGCCAGGAAGAAGAAGAUCGCCGCGAAGAAGAAGAUCGCCGCGUCAAAACCAAGGUCACCCGCAGCCAAAACAGCAUCCAAAGCUGCAUCUCAAUCCGCAUCAGGUAGCAGGAACGGUGUUGUGCAGCGUGAGACCACCCCGCCAACCGCACGUCCUGGCGCAGCUCGCACACCCCAGCGGAAGUCUGCACAAUCGCCAAAGAAGGCCUCUCGGCCCCCACCGCCCCCCGAGAUCAGCUACGAGGACUCGCAGCCCAACUUCUGGCACGACGAAUCACCGCAAGCUGACCCGCAACCGUCGCCGCCAGCAAAGCGGAAACGCGGGAGACCACCCAAGAACCAAGCGGCGCAAAGCAAUACUCUCGAUGAUUUGCAGCCUGAAGAGCAAGUACCGCCAGCAAAGAAGAAGAGCGCGGGCCGUGCCGCCGCCAGCGGCGCCAAGUCGAAAAAGGCCGGCGCCGAAAAGGCGAACGUCAAGCAGCGAACGGGUGAAGUGGUGGAGAAGGUGCGAGCGCAACCGCGCGAGGCGACCGUGAUCGACGAGAACGGUGUGCGCAGGAGCACGCGGCAGCGUUUCGCGCCACUCGAGUACUGGCGUGGCGAACGUGUGCGCUAUGGCCGGCCUAGUCUACCCAACGACGAGCUUCGAGCGUCGCAACGGCCGGGAGAAGACGACUUUGAGGACAGUCUUGCGGCGAUGCCGAUGCGGAAGCGCGUGCCGGUGCUCGACGUCAAGGAGGUCAUUCGCGUGCCCCGAGCGCCGGGUGAGGGCACGUUUGCCGGCACCACACGCGCGCGAGCCACGCGGCGUCGCGCUGCGCCGUCCACUGCGCCGCGCAAGGCCGAGGAGAAGCUGCCAAAGCGAGGCUCUGCACCGCCCGACGGCGACGAGGACGAGUGGCUGCAGCUGGACCCUACCGCCGACACGGUGCAUGUCGAGGACGGAUGGGACCGCGAAACGCUCGAGACGGGACUGGUGCUCGACGAGGACGGAGAGGAGGUCGAGAUGUCGGUGGUGCGUACCAAAGACUCGCUCCAUCCCGUAAUGGCUGCCGGUCAGCAGUUCGGCUUUGAGAAGAUCUUCAAUUGCGGCGGACUCAUGGCUACGGGCGUGCUGCACUUACCGCCGGGAACGAGGAAGCCCACCAAGCCGAGCAAGGACAACAGCUUUGUAUUCUGCGUUCUGCAGGGCGCUCUUCGCGCCACGGUGCACCGGAAGAGCUUCAUCGUCGGUCCGCACGGCAUCUUCCAGGUGCCGGCGGGAAACACGUAUGCGCUCGAAAACAUCUGCCAGCGCGACGUGCACCUCUUCUUUGCCCAGUGCAGGAAGACGCGCAAGGCCAACGCGGGUGACUUGACCACCUUCACGCAGGCAUCCGAUACGAGCUACAGCGUCCAGGGCUGGACCGAGAAUCAGCGCGUACUCCAGAGUCCACAGCAGAGCCAGCAGAGCCGGCACCAACCGCCGCCGCUUUCAGACGACGAGGACGACUUUGAAACGAGUCGGCAGCUCAAGAGCAAGAAACGUGUCUUCAGGAAGGUCUAG